CGCCGCCCUCGUCCUCCGCGCCCGCGGCCCCCGGCCGGCGACCCCGCGAGCGCAGCGCGGCGCAGCGGAGCGCACAGCCUCGUCCCGCGGCCGGGCCGGCCGGAGCGGCGGCGCCUGGAUGCGGACCCGGCCGCGGGGAGACGGGCGCCGGCCCCCCGGUGACUUUGGCUUCCCGACGCGCCCCUCCCGACCCCGACGAUGAAGAGGGCGUCCUCCGGAGGGAGCCAGCUGCUGGCCUGGGUGCUGUGGCUGCAGGCGUGGCAGGUGGCAGCACCGUGCCCAGGUGCCUGCGUUUGUUACAAUGAGCCCAAGGUGACAACAAGCUGCCCACAGCAAGGCCUCCAGGCUGUGCCCGUCGACAUCCCAGCCGCCAGCCAGCGGGUCUUCCUGCAUGGCAACCGUAUCACCCAUGUGCCGGCCGCCAGCUUCCGGGCCUGCCGCAACCUCACCAUCCUGUGGCUGCACUCCAACGCCCUGGCCCGCAUUGAUGCCACUGCUUUCACUGGCCUGACCCUCCUCGAGCAGCUGGACCUCAGUGACAACGCACAGCUGCGCACCGUGGACCCUGCCACGUUCCAGGGCCUGGGCCGCCUGCACACGCUGCACCUGGACCGCUGCGGCCUGCAGGAGCUGGGCCCCGGGCUGUUCCACGGGUUGGCUGCCCUGCAGUACCUCUACCUACAGGACAACGGGCUGCAGGCCCUGCCCGAUGACGCCUUCCGUGACCUGGGCAACCUCACCCACCUCUUUCUGCACGGUAACCGAAUCCCCAGUGUCCCCGAGCGCGCCUUCCGUGGCCUGCACAGCCUCGACCGCCUGCUUCUGCACCAGAACCGCGUGGCCCGCGUGCACCCCCAUUCCUUCCGAGACCUGGGCCGCCUCAUGACGCUCUACCUGUUUGCCAACAACCUCUCAGCGCUGCCCUCCGAGGCGCUGGCCCCCCUGCGUGCCCUGCAGUACCUGCGGCUCAACAACAACCCCUGGGUAUGUGACUGCCGCGCACGCCCCCUCUGGGCCUGGCUGCAGCAGUUCGGAGGCUCCUCAUCCGAGGUUCCCUGCAGCCUGCCCCCUCGCCUGGCUGGCCGUGACCUCAAGCGCCUGGCGGCCCCUGACCUAGAAGGGUGUGCCGUGGCCACCAGGCCUUUGCACCCCAUCUGGACGGGCGGGUCUGCGGACGAAGGACUACCCAAGUGCUGCCAGCCAGACGCUGCUGACAAGGCCUCAGUGUUGGAGGGCAGGAGCCCGGCCUCCGCCGGCAACUCGCUCAAGGGACGGAUGCCCUCCGGGGACAGCCCGCCAGGCAAUGGCUCAGGACCAAGACACAUCAACGACUCCCCUUUCGGGACCCUGUCUGGCUCAGUGGAGCCCCCACUAGUCGCACUGUUGCCUGAGGGUUCAGAGCCGCCAGGGCCGCCCACGACAGGCCCUCGCCGAAGGCCAGGCUGUUCCCGGAAGAACCGUACCCGCAGCCAGUGCCGUCUGGGCCAGGCAGGCGGAGGGAGCGAAAGGGCGGGUGAUGCCGAGGGUUCCGGGGCCCUGCCCAGCCUCGCCUGCAGCCUCGCCCCACUGGGUCUUACACUGGUGCUGUGGACGGUGCUUGGGCCCUGCUGACCGGUCACCAAGAUCGCAAAGCCUUUCUCAGCAGCCAGGUGUGUGUACAUACUGGGUCCCCUCCACGCCACCAGCCAGCACCAGGUGGCAGGCUCUCCCUCCAGAGGCCUCCCGCCCAACCCAUCUCCACCCCAUCAUGUUUACAGGGUGCGGUGGCAGCGUUUGUUCCAGAACGCCGCCUCCUGCCCGGAUCGCGGUAUAUAGAGAUAUGCAUUUUAUUUUACUUGUGUAAAAAUAUCGGACGACGUGGAAUAAAGAGCUCUUUUCAUACUC